AUUGCUGAGACUGCGUUGCGAAGUUAUAAAUACACUGCGUUGUAAUAAGUACAGAGCGGACCAAAUCUGUGGUAUCUUUUUGAAUAUCAAAAUACUAAAAAGAUGCAUUUCUUCUAUUUGUCUCUUAUCGACUAUUUGACUUCACUAACUUCACUUGCACUACAGUUUCCUUUUUGGUUUGCUUCACAACAAAAACAUCAGAAAUAACAAUGACUUUACAACUAUGAUAGAUUACAAUAAAUAUGCAUAUCCGUAGAAAAUCGGCUACUGUGACCAACGCCCAUCAAGAUGAUAAUAUGUGGCUUAUAAUAAAAUAACUCGCAUAAGUUCAUUACAUUUGCCGUUAUGAGAAAGUGUCCCCUGCCAGCACCCAGUAAAAAUAAAGGACCAUUACUUCCACCCGUAACUACCAAGUCCAACAAGCCAAACUGCCAUUGCGGUCAUUGCCCCUGUGCCAAAGAGUCGUGGUCGGACGAUGACGAGGACUUUGACAUCGACGAGUCGGACUCGGAAGCGAAACGUCACAGUAUGAUAAGGAAAAACAUGCGCGAAAUCAAAGCUAUGUCCAAACAUGUCCGGCAAUCGCGCAGGGUAAAAUGCUUGGAGGAGAGUAAAAGAAAGCCUUUUCCGAGCACGUCGAAGAAGGAACCGAAGAAGAAGAAAAAGAAGCCGAGGAAGAAGUCUAGUUUGUUGGAGAUGAUACCUGACGAGCGCGAGUGUGCGUGCGAGAUCAUGGCGCGCGCGGCUGCGGCCAGCCUGCACCGCCACGUGGGGCUGUACGACCGCCGCGCGGACAUCAACGCCGAUCUGCGAGAACCUGAGCCCGUGCCCGAGACCACCGAACAACCUGGACCAGCUCCCUAG